AUGGCGGAUGAGGAUGUCUUGCUCUCAUCGCAGCCAUCUCACUUGUCUUCUCGCUUCACAUAUCGCCACCUUAAUUUGCUAGACUCUGCGUCUCCCGCUAAAGAAUCACCCUUGCGCGUCAUUGCGCUGUGUGAUCUGGACUGCUUCUAUGCUCAAGUCGAAGGCAAUCGGAUAGGCUAUGAUCCUACGCUCCCCUUGGCUGUUGUUCAAUGGCGAGGGCUGAUUGCCAUCAACUAUGCUGCACGCGCAGCUGGCAUCACGCGUCAUGAAAAUGCAGAAUCCGCUCUGCAAAAGUGUCCGACUAUCAAGCUCGUGCAUGUUCAGACUUGGAAAGAAGGCGAUACAAUGGCAAGGUAUCAUGAUGAGGACGUCGACCCAAAAACACAUAAAGUCAGUCUCGACCCAUAUCGUCGUGCGUCGCGCAAGAUUCUUGAGAUUUUCAAGAAGCACUGCAGUCAUGUUGAGAAGGCAAGUAUUGAUGAAUCGUUUCUUGACCUGUCAAGUGUCGUGAAGGCAACAUUGCUUGAGCGUUACAGCCAUCUACUCAAGAUUGACCUCUCCAAUCUUGAUCAGCCUUUGCCACAAGCACCGUUUGUUCAGUGGGACAAGCAAGAUGGGACGCUCGUGCCACUGGCUGCGAGUGACACAGAAGAAGAUCGUAAUGAUUGGGAUGACAUUGCAAUGAAGAUUGCGGCAGAGUUCAUGACGAAAGUACGGGCGGACGUCAAAGAGACACUUGGGUAUACCUGCUCUGCAGGCGUCGCUCGCAACAAGACGCUUGCCAAGAUUGCAGCGGGGCAAAACAAGCCUGCCGGUCAGACGAUUCUCCGCAACCGCGCAGUACAGUCGUUUCUGGAGACGCUGUCCUUUACAAAGAUCCGCAACCUCGGUGGCAAGCUCGGAGUCGAGGUUGAAAAAGUGUUUGCUACAUCGUCAGUAAAGGACAUUGUUGCGAUAUCAAUCGCAGAGCUUCGUCAAAAGCUAGGCACAGAAACUGGACAAUGGCUAUGGAAUAUUGUUAGAGGCAUUGAUUACGCAGAAGUCUCGACCAGUACUCAAGUCAAGUCAAUGCUAUCUGCCAAGUCAUUCAGGCCGUCUAUCGACAGUCUCGAGCAAGCUGAACGGUGGAUCCGCGUGCUGACGGCUGAUCUAGCAUCGCGACUGCUCGAAGAUCCAAAUCAACGGAGACCUAGGACACUGACCUUGCAUCAUCGCAUUCCAGGAGCGUCCAAGAAUCGGCAGAUGCCAAUUAGCAAAGGACCCGAUUUAACAGUUGACUAUCUGUCGCAGCUCGGGACAAAGCUGUUGCAGCAAGUCAUGGCUGAAGGCAGAGCAUUUCCGUGCUUCAAUUUGAGCUUUGGUCUGGGAGGCUUUGAGGAGCUUGAAGCAGGUGUUCAGGAUAUUGGUGGCUUCUUCAAGAAGGUCGAGCAGCCUGCACUUCAAAGGACGAGCAGCGUCGAUCUUGCUUCUUCGAGCCAAGCACUAGUUGCGUCUGAUCACCCGGCAAUACACGAUGGAUCAUUCAGGUGCGAGCGAUGCAGAAAGGCUGUGUCGGGAGAAACGGAGGAAGAACACAUCGACUGGCACUAUGCCAAGGACCUCUCAAGGUCGCUUGCUGAAGAAGAGCGGAAUGCUCGACCUACAGUACCUGUGGGUGCGGCUCAACCAAGUCAUUCAAGAAUCGGCAAGACAAAGGGAAAGCGGAAAGCUGGACCUGAGCUCGAAAAGGGGCAACGCAAGCUGAGGUUUGGGCCUGGCUGA